AUGGGUCCACUGGCAACAUCAUUAGAUAAGCUUCAGGGCGAAAAGUCAUGUUUUCUAGGCUAUGUGGCUCCUUCUAUAUUGGCAUUAAGACUUCCUAUGAUACAAAUGAAUGACUUAAUACAUUGUAGAACUUUAUGUUUGAAAAUAAUUAGUAGUAUUGAAAAGAGAUUUGAUUACAUAAUUGAUUUGAAAAAAAUAAAAAGUAAGCCAUACAUUUUAUCUGCAAUUAGUCAUCCUAAAUUCAAACUGACAUGGGUACCUGAAAGAUAUAAAUCUUACUGUAAACAAAUGUUUUUAGAAGAAUGCAUUUCAAUAAGUUCUUCUUCAGUCGACAAUCUCAAUACAGAAGUAGAUUUGGACGAUAAUACUAGUGAUGACGAUUUUUUUCAAAUUUUAUCUGAACGUCCCAGUAGCUCAUAUUCCAAUUUAGACUUGGAUGUAAACAACCAAAAAAAUCAAAAUUUUGUAAAUAAUCAAAUUUCAUCGUAUUUAAAUACUACCAAUAAAGAUUUAACUUUUCUUGAUUCAUAUUCAAUAAUAAAACAAAUUUUUUUCAAAUAUAACACAUUUCUCCCAUCAUCUGCACCCGUUGAACGCUUAUUUAGUAGUGGCUCUCAAAUAAUGACACCCAGAAGAAAUCGUCUAAACGAUAAGACUUUUGAAAUGCUGCUUUGUUGUAGGUGUCUUCAACUUAACAAAUAA